AUGGCCAAGGUCCCUGACCUCUUUGAAGACCUAAAAAACUGUUACAGUGAAAAUGAAGAAUACAGUUCUGAAAAUGGCCAACUUUCUCUGAAUCAGAAAUCCUUCUAUGAUGUAAGCUAUGAUCCACUUCCCAAGGACUGCAUGGAUAAGUUCAUGUCGCUAAGCACCUCUGAGACCUCUAACACAUCCCAGCUUACCUUCAAGGAGAGUGUGGUGGUGGUGCUAGCCAAUGGGAAGGUUCUGAAGAAGAGACGGCUGAGUUUCAACCAGUUCAUCACCAGUGAUGACCUGGAACCUAUUGUCAAUGAUCCAGAAGAAGAUAUCAUCCAUCCCAAGUCAGCAACUAACAGCUUCCAGAGCAAAAUGAAGUACAACUUCAGAAGGGUCAUCAAACACCACUGCACCCUGAAUGACACCCUCAAUCAAAGUAUCACUCUAGACACAACAGGCAAAUACCUCAUGGCUACAGCAUUAAAUAAUCUGGACCAAGAAGUGAAAUUUGACAUGGGUGCUUAUAUAUCAAAUGAAGAUAUUAAAUUUCCUGUGACCCUAAGGAUCUCAGAAACACGACUAUUUUUGAGUGCACAAAGUGAAAACGCUCCUGUAUUGCUAAAGGAGAUGCCUGAAACACCCAAAACCAUCAAAGAUGAGACCAACAUCCUUUUCUUCUGGGAAACUCAUGGCUCUAAGAACUACUUUGAGUCGGUUGCCUACCCAAACUUCUUUAUCGCCACAAAGCAGGAUGGCCUGGUGCACAUGGCAAGUGGGCAACCCUCUAUCACUGACUUUCAGAUACUGGAAAACCAGACUUGA